AGGGUGAUCAUUGAUCAGAUUUUCUUAUCCAAGAUCAUCAAAGGAGGCAAGAACCAAGAACCAGUCUUCUUCCUUGAGUCUUCCACUCUCUGACUCUGCUCACUGCUUACCAGUUACCAGGGGCCGCUGGUGGAAUUAUCGGCCCACCGAAACCCUAUCUAAAAAUUUCAACAAAAUUAAAAUAAUCUUCUGUCUCCGUCUCUGUUAAAUCCUCUCGCUUUCAGCUUUCUCCGUUUCAUCUCAUCCGCAUUUACUAAUCACAUCCCGCUAAACGUGAGUCGUUUUGGUGAACACCACCACCAUCUCCACCAAUGCCGACUGCCCUUCUCUCGACAUCCUCCUCUCUCUUCUCACCUCCCUCCUCUGUCACUUCUUCUUCUUCUACUUCAAACCUGAAGAAUUCUACUUUGUGUUUCUUCCCAAGAACCAUAUCUCCUAAAACACACAUUUUGACCCACAGACAGACCAGCUUGCAAGUCCGAUCGGCGGUGGCGAUCGAAAAGGAGAUCCCGGAGAAUGAAAAGCCGGAUACAUUUCUCCGGGAGUCCGAUGACCCCUCGUCUUCGAGCUCUCCGGCUUCUUCGGUUAGGGCUCGGUUCGAGAAGAUGAUCAGGGAUGUGCAGGAUAGCGUCUGUGCAGCGUUAGAGGCCGCCGACGGGGGUGCCAAGUUCAAGGAGGACGUUUGGUCGAGGCCUGGGGGUGGUGGCGGCAUCAGCAGAGUCUUGCAAGAUGGGGCCGUUUUUGAGAAGGCUGGCGUUAAUGUGUCGGUUGUGUAUGGGGUUAUGCCCCCAGAAGCUUACAGAGCUGCCAGGGGUGAGAAUUCAGCCGAAAAGCCGGGGCCGGUGCCGUUUUUUGCUGCCGGAAUCAGCUCGGUUUUACAUCCAAAGAAUCCUUUUGCACCAACAUUGCAUUUUAACUAUCGAUACUUUGAGACUGAUGCUCCAAAAGAUGUUCCUGGAGCACCUCGACAGUGGUGGUUUGGUGGUGGCACUGAUUUGACUCCUUCGUACAUUUUUGAGGAUGAUGUCAAGCACUUUCACACGGUUCAAAAAAGUGCUUGUGAUAAGUUUGAUCCCACUUUCUACCCCAGGUUCAAGAAAUGGUGUGAUGAUUAUUUCUUUAUUAAGCACCGAGGUGAAAGGCGUGGACUUGGAGGAAUAUUUUUUGAUGAUCUUAAUGACUAUAACCAAGAGAUGCUUCUUUCCUUUGCUACUGAAUGUGCAAACUCUGUAAUUCCAGCAUAUAUACCAAUUAUAGAACGAAGAAAGGAUACACCAUUUACAGAACAACACAAGGCAUGGCAGCAACUACGAAGGGGACGCUAUGUAGAGUUCAACUUGGUAUAUGACCGUGGAACCACAUUUGGACUGAAGACGGGAGGCAGAAUUGAGAGCAUUCUUGUUUCUCUCCCACUUACUGCACGAUGGGAAUAUGACCAUAAACCGGAAGAGGGGACUGAAGAAUGGAAAUUGUUAGAUGCAUGCAUCAAUCCUAAGGAAUGGAUCUGAUAUCCUCCGAAGGUAUCCCUUCGUAUCAUUUUGAGUAGAACCAGUUUUCUUUGUUUUGCAGCUGUAGUGAGAAGCCAGGUAGCCAACUCUUUAUUCGUUUCAUUCCUCUGUAGCUAGAUCGUUGGAAGAGUUGUAGUAAAUUUCUCUUUUAUGUUGUAUAAUAUAAUUGAGAAAAUAAGGAACGAAUUUGUGUAUUAUAAAAGAGUUUGGGAUAUCCGUUUUGUUCUC